AUGAAGCUCUUUAGUCUCUUACUUCUCACCACUUUGGCUCUGAUCACGAACGCGCGUGAAGACAAAACCUUUAGCGGGAAGUACCGUGCACCAACAACGACAACAGCUCGCAAACAACCAGCAAAAGUCUUAGCUAGCAACAAAAACUUCUUACAGAAGCGCAACGAUCUCAGCCGCCCAAACAGCAUUUCAAGUGGCCAAAAAGUGUCAAUUUUGCGGAAUGACCAGGAAAUGAACAAUGACGGCAGUUACCGUUAUCAGUAUGAAACAGGCAACGGUAUUAUUGGCACGGAGCAAGGUACUGCUGGUGUGGCCAUACAAGGCACUUCCAGCUACGUCUCCCCCGAAGGUUUGCCAAUCAAAUUGACCUACACCGCUGACGAAACCGGCUACCAUCCGGUGGGCGAUCACAUUCCUAAAACACCCGACUACGUGCUACGAGCAAUCGAAUACAUACGCACACACCCCUUCAACUUUGGGAAAAUCGACGGAGUGACACCAAAGUUGUCUACAGAGAUUGUGCCACCGCUACGUACAUCAGCAUAUCCGGGAAAUUUGAACUACAAGGCUAGCAGCUUCAAUACACAAAAAACUGGUUUGACAAAGAACAGGAGGCAAAAAAAUACCAGCCGCAAUAAUUUAAAACGACGUAUUUAAAGGGUCUCUACAUUGUAGGUAGUGUAAAUUGGAUGCGUUACUGUAUUUAACCCUAGACUAAAAUGUAUUAUAUAUUAAAAUGUAUUAUAUAUCAAUCUCCACGUUUAUCUAUUGUUAACAUAACUCUAACUAGGAAAUUUUGAGACACCACCGAGAAAGAGCUCAUGCAUCCUCGGACAAUUUGAGCGCAUAGUGAGUCCAAAAUCUCACACUAAACUGUUAUAGUAGAUGUCCAUCUUGCCACAAUUGAGUAGCCAAUCGACUGCUUCCUAAAUGACAGCUAUGUACAUCUGCUCAAAAUACGCUGAAGUGAUCUGGAAACCUAACUUAGCGCUCCCAUGACAGUAGGGACCCAGGACUUGUGACCUUAGCAGAAUUCCUCAAAACCACUUUAGUGAGAUUUUAUGCUGUUACAAAAACAAUAUGCCUUACUUUGACUAAGAGUUCCCGAUAGAGGACACCGCCACCAAACCCAUCCGUCAAUUAAAUGUGCCAUUGGGGGUGGGACCUUUCGUAUUUUCGACUCGUUCGAAUAUUCCUGUAUGCGGAAAAAAUCCGGAUAUCAGGUU